UUUUUCUGUCAGUUUUGUGUUGUGCGUAGUUGUGGUUGAGUUUCUGAUGGCUUAAUUUAAUUUUGUUAUUAUUUUAUUUUCAUAUUCCGAUUAUACCUUUCGGUUCGAGCUUGACCAGAAAUGGCUUUGCUACCUCCAGAUCCAGUUUAUACGAUUAGAAACGUCGACAAUGUGCCCGUUUACUCGUUGGCAUUUAGCUUCUUACCGGGCGGUUUGGAGAGGUUACUAGCCGGCUCGAAAAACGGCUAUGUUUAUGCAUACAACCUUCAGACUAAUCGUGUUCAGCAGAAGAUCCAAGUUGGUCAAGCUCCCAUUCUCCAUCUCAUCCAUACCAGCAGCCACCUCGUCACCCAGGAAAAAGGCGGAAAGUACAAGGUCUUCAACCUCACCAAUAGUGGCUACAAAGAACAAGCCGUCAUCGAAACCGACUACCCUGGAUUCUGCCGCUUCGCAACCAACACAAAACUCGAAACAAUCUACGUACCUGACAAAGAAUCCAAAAUAAAUAUGUACAAUUUUUCUGGAGAAAAAAUGGGAUGUCUGGAGCCGGAAGCUACUAUGAAACUUGGAGAUCCAAUGUGUCUGAAAUAUCUUGAAUUUCCAAGUGAGCGGCCAUGCCUGCUGGCCGGCUACGAGGCUGGGUGGCUCCUGCUGUGGGAUCUCAAUACUAGUCAAUGCAUCAGCAAACUGCAAACAAAGGAAUGUCCGAUGUCAGUGGACUUCCACCGCGAACAACAAAGAGGCAUAAUCGGCAAUGCCUCUGAUGUAAUUCAGAUAUUUAGCAUAGGGAAACAAGACUUAAGCUUGGCACACAAGUUGGAUGUUACUAUUAAGAAUCCUGGAAUCAAUAAGGUGCAGACUCGUAUGGAUGGAAAGGUGUUCGCUUCUGGUGGCUGGGACGGACACAUUCGCAUCUUCUCCUGGUUCUCCCUGCGACCACUGGUCGUCCUGACUGAGCACAAGCAAGCCGUGCAAGACGUCGUCUAUUCCACUGAGAAGGUGUCACUGUGGAAAGCCCACCUUAUGGCAGCUGGAGGUCUGGACGGAGCCAUCACUCUUUGGGAUUUAUACAAUGCCAAGCAGUAAUGCAUUUAAAGACCUACAACUUGUAGAAUAGUCUUUCUGAGACAAGCUACUUAAAAAGAAAAAGUAUUAUAGAUUUUUUCUCUUCUAGUGGUCUUACCCAACACGCCAUAAUUGCCUUUAAUUAAAUUGUUUAUAGAUGACGAUGCAUCUACGAUGCUUUAAUUUGAAGAUAUAUUUUAUUACAAUGCAAUGUUUCAAUUGGAUCUCAAGGAAUGUACAAGAAAACAAUAAUAAAGGCACGUCCCAGUGCCCAAGCUGUUAGUUGUAAGGUAAAAUGUUGUUAAUUAUAGCAGUGAAUAUUUUCCAAGAAUGGUUUCUAGCAAUGUUUUUUUGAAGGUCGAAACAUUAAAUCUGUGAAAUUUUACAAAA